AUGGAAUCAUCUUCAACAUCUUUGGGAGAUGAAAAAAGUUUGAAUAAACGAUUGCGAGAACUUUAUCCAAGUGUGAAAGAAAGAGAAGGUUAUGCGUCAUUUCCAAGAAGAUGGGAUCGAAAUCAAGCAUCAAAUCACCUAGAUAUUAGUAAAGAUGGGUUGAGUGUCACUUUCAAGAAACGUAAGUUUUCGAAAUUUGGUGGUACAAAAUAAAUUAAUAAUUCAGAUGUUAAAGUUCCGAAAGAAGAAAAAGAAACAUCAGCGGUAGUUCGAGCAAAUGCUGCAAUUCCAGCCAGUUGUGGUCUAUACUAUUUCGAAGUAACCAUAGUUCACGGGCAAAAAGGUUGCAUGGGAGUUGGAUUAUCUCGCAAAGGUGGAUUGUUGAAUCGAAUGCCUGGUUGGGAUACAGAUUGUUAUGGUUAUCAUGGAGAUGAUGGGAAUUUCUUUUCGGCUUGUGGACAUGGAGCACCAUAUGGUCCGAAAUUUGGAACUGGAGAUGUUGUUGGAUGCGGCAUUGAUACACUUAUGCAACAUAUUUUCUUCACAAAAAAUGGACAAUUUUUGGGGCUUGUUGUUCAAUCAAUAACUGUUACAAGAGAUUUAUAUCCGACGGUUGGGCUGAAAACAGCUGGAGAACGUUUGAUGGUGAAUUUCGGACAACAACCAUUUGUUUUUGAUAUUCAUAAACAUCAGAAAUAUUUGAUGAAACAAAAAACAAUGAAAAUCGAAAAUCUUGCGAUGCCUGAAGAAAUGCCGAAUAUAUUAAAUCGAAUUGUUUCCUCAUUUCUUGCCACAAAUGGAGCUGUUGAAACAUUGAAAAUUUUCGAAGAUAUAACUGAUGUUGAGAAACGCGAAGAUUAUUCAUUUAUUGCAAAACGAACGGAAAUUAUGAAAAUGAUUAUGAAUGCGGAGAAUGGAAUCAAGAUUCAUACAAAAAUCAAUACAUAUUUUCCACGAAUGUUGGAUGCAAAUCCGGAUGUUCAUGUGCUUAUUAUGUGUCUUAGAUUUAUCGAUCUCGCUUGUUCGAUUAAAGUGAGCCCGAGAGAAUAUCGAGAUUAUGCUGAACGUGCAUCAACUUCCUCAUUAUCAGCUCCAACAAUCAGAAGAUCGGGUAUUUUUUUGUUUGAAUUUUUCUAAAACAAUUUUAAUUUUCAGAUGACAGCGAUGAAGAUAUGGCUGAUCCAAAACUUGUAAAAAUAGGUAUUAAUUUUUUUUCAAACAAAAAAAUAUUUAAAAAAUGUUUUUUUCCAGACAAAGAUCUUUUCGUAUCACGAGAAAUGUAUGUACAAUUGGGAAACACCGACGAAGUGGAUAAAAUCAAAUAUUUGAUCAAUAUGGGACGACAAAUUAUGCGGGCAAGUAAUUGUAUUAAAGUUUGUGCGAAGUCGAGGGAAAUUAUCGAAUUGUCAUUGGCCACGAUUUAUUCGAUGCGGAAAAAUAGCGAUCCACAUCCAUUGGUGGAAGAAAAUCGACAAUUUAUUGCGAAUCGCGUUUAUUCAAUGUUAAAUGGUGGGUUGGGGGCUAUAAAUUCACUAUGUCAAGGAGCCGAGCUUAGAAAUCCUCGUUUUUGAGUAGUUGAGCCUAGAAAGUUCAAUUGUGAAGGAUCAGUGCCUAGAGAGCAUAGAUCUUCAGUAGCCGCGCCUAGAGAACCUAAUUUUCUAGGACAGACACCUAGAUAUCCUCUGUGGCUAGCAGCCGCCCCUUGAGAGCUUUUUUUUUUUGAAAGUUAAUUCGGCUCCCGAUUAAAAAUCUUCAAUUUUUAUAGCCUUUCAUAAAUAUUAGCUGCAACCUUUCUUUUCAGAAACCGGAAAACGCAAGCAAUACAGCGAAUUGCGUGGGCUGUUCUAUGGCUGGGAAGGUUUGCAUCGAGAUAUGACAAGCAAAGAUCUACAAGCUGCUUCAUAUUCAGAUGCUAAACAUCUGGUAGGUUUACUAAUUUUUUCAGAAUUUAUUUAUUAUUAACAAAAUAUUUUGCAGGUAAUCGAUGACGAUGUUGAAACCGACAAUUUAUCCGAAAUGAGUUCUUCGAAUAGUCGAAAUGAUAGUCCAAAAAAUGAAUUGGACGAAGAAAUGCCGAAUUUAGCUGAAUGUUAA